AUCGGGUGGGUAGCAACAGUUGCCCCGGUGAGGACGAAGCGCCAUAGCCACGGUAGUCCUGGCGACAAGAACCCAGCAACGAAAAUCAACAACAACAACAACCCGAUUCUUAAAAAAAUUAAAAUACACAAAAAAAUCCGAGGGAAAAUUCAAAGGAAAUCAGAGAGUGGAGUCCCUGCUGUUGUCAUGGCGACUCCAGGCUACGUGGGGGAGCUGCAGCCGACCUCCCAGCAACAAGGGGGCGCCGUGAGCGUGGCGCCCGGGCAGUCCCCGCCCACCGCCCCAGCGCAGUUCCUCGCGGAGCUGCAGACUGCCACGGCCCAGCCCUCCGCCACCCCUCCCACACCAGGACAGAGCACGCCCCCCACCCCGGCCGCCCCGCCCCCUGCUCAGAAGACCACGGCGGGGCCCCAAACCACCCCCACGCAGCCCGCCCCCGCCCAGACACAGUACGUCACUGCGGAGAUCCAGGGCUCCCCCUCUCAGUCCAGUAACGUCCAGGCCACGCCCCAGUACAUCGUAGUCACAGUUACAGAGGGCUCCUUGCACUCCAGUGAUUCAGUGUCAGACUCCAGCCCCCCUCCAGUGGGGGUGCAGACUGGGGUGCCCACGCAGGUGGUGCAGCAGGUGCAGACAGCCCAGCAGAGGUCCGUGGUGCAAGCAGCAUCUCAGACGGGCAAGACUGGGCAGAGCGCUCAGCUGAGUGUGACCAGCCUGCAGCCUGUGCACCUGACUCAGGAGGUGCAGCAGCAGCUCCAGCAGGUCCCAGUACAGCAUGUGUACACCAGUCAGGUGCAGUACGUUGAGGGGGGCGAGGCCAGCUAUACCACCAGCACCAUACGAUCUGGCAGCUACACCUACACAGACACCCCCCUGUACACCCAGACCGGUGCCACCACCUACUAUGAGGCCCCGCCCACCUCGGGGUCGCAGGUCGUCACCCCGGCGACCUCUCAAACGGUGGCGGUGACGACGGGCGCGGGGGGAGCGGUGUCCAUGUUCGUGUCGGGGGCGGGGCAGAUCGUGGCCAGCGCGGCGCCCGGCGCGGGGGUGGGGGAGGCGGUGGCGGCGGGGGCCGCUCCCAGCGGCGCCGGGGCAGGAGGAGGGGGGGGCAACGGCGGCGGGGGCAGCUAUGUCAUCCAGGGGGGGUACGUGCUGGGCAGCAGCGCCGCCGGUCAGAGCUACUCGCAGAACACCCGCGCGUCUCCCGCCACCGUGAGUAUACUGACAGAGGGAGAAGCCAAUAGUGUGCCGUCGGCAGACAAAAAGGUGCAGUGGCUGCUGGAUAACUACGAGACGGCGGAGGGCGUGAGCCUGCCGCGCUCCACGCUGUACUGCCACUACCUGCUGCACUGCCAGGAGCAGAAGCUGGAGCCCGUCAACGCCGCCUCCUUCGGCAAGCUCAUCCGCUCCGUCUUCAUGGGCCUGAAAACACGGAGGCUGGGCACGCGAGGCAACUCUAAGUACCAUUACUACGGCCUGCGGAUCAAAGCCAGCUCCUCCCUGCUCAGACUGAUGGAAGACCAGCAGCACCUGGCCAUGAGACAGCAGCCCUUUUCCCAAAAACAGAGAUUAAAGCCAGUGCAGAAGGUGGAGGGGAUGACCAAUGGGAUGGCUCUGGGGGCGGGGCAGCAGCAGGGAGGGGGUCUCUCUGACAUCAGUGCCCAGGUGCAGCAGUACCAGCAGUUCCUGGAUGCCUCUCGCGCCCUUCCUGAGUUCCCCGACAUCGACCUCCAGGGCAAAGCACUGCCUGAUGGGAUUGAGUUGGAGCACAUUAAGAACUACCAGCUGCUAUACAGGGAGCACUGCGAGGCCAUCCUGGAUGUGAUAAUUAACCUGCAGUUUACUCUGGUGGAGACGCUGUGGAAAACCUUCUGGAGGUUCAGUGAGAACCAGGCCAGCGACACUGGAACACUCACAGUCCAUGACGAGUCGGAGAAGCGGCUGCCCAAGUCCUGCCUGGUGAUUCUGUGCAAGUACGAUCCGGUGCUGCGCUGGAGCAAAGACUGCGACAACACGCUGUACCAGGGCCUGGUGGAGAUCCUCAUCCCCGACGUGCUGCGUCCCAUCCCCAGUGCCUUAACACAAGCCAUCCGAAACUUCGCCAAGAGCCUGGAGAGCUGGCUGUCCAACGCCAUGAUGAACAUUCCUGAGGAGAUGCUCCGCAUCAAGGUGACAUCAGCAGGUGCGUUUGCGCAGACGCUGCGCAGGUACACCUCCCUCAACCACCUGGCCCAGGCUGCGCGCGCGGUCCUGCAGAACACAGCGCAGAUCAACCAGAUGCUGAGCGACCUCAACCGGGUGGACUUCGCCAACGUGCAGGAGCAGGCCUCGUGGGUGUGCCGCUGCGAGGACCGGGUGGUGCAGCGGUUAGAGCAGGACUUCAAGCUGACGCUGCAGCAGCAGAACUCUCUGGAGCAGUGGGCCGCCUGGCUGGACGGGGUGGUCACCCAGGUCCUGAAGCCCUACCAGGCCAGCCCCGCCUUCCCCAAAGCCGCCAAGCUCUUCCUGCUGAAGUGGUCCUUCUACAGCUCCAUGGUGAUCAGAGACCUGACCCUGCGCAGCGCCGCCAGCUUCGGCUCCUUCCACCUGAUCCGGCUGCUGUACGACGAGUACAUGUACUACCUGAUAGAGCACCGCGUGGCGCAGGCCAAGGGGGAGACCGCCAUCGCCGUCAUGGGAGAGUUUGCCAGCCUGGGACGAACUCUGGGCACGCUGGACCCUGACAAAGAAGAGGAGGAGGAGGAGGAAGAGGAGAGCGACGAUGAGUGUCAGGAGCUGUCCCUCCCCUCGGAUUCGGCCAGUCUUGGAGUGGAAUCUCUGGAGCCUCCUGCUAAGCUGGCUAGAGCCGACCCCAGAGUGCUCUUCAACACCGGGCAGCCCGACAACUGACACACCCACACUGGAAUACCUGCCCGUGAGGUCAUUAUCACCUCACUCAUACACUGGAAAACCUUCAAACAGACGCUACUAUGACCUCUCACACACACACACACACACACACACUGGAAUGUCCACUCACUGUGGCCUCUCUGACCUCAUACACACACUGGAGUGUCCAUGCACAGAGGCUACUGUGACAUCAUACACUGUCCCUCUCUCUCUCUCACACACACACACACACACACACACACACACACAUACAUACAUACAUACAUACACAUACACUAGAACACCCACAGAGGUAACCGUGACUGUAGGCAUGCACACACUUUCACAUUCAGUUGUGGCAGUACCACUCACAGUGUCUCAUGGACACACUCCUUGACACCAGCAACACACACACACUCACACACUCACACACACUGAACUGACCGUUUGACAGUUGUCUCCCCUGGUCCCAUCUCAGACCUGCCCCCCCCCUCCCAACCCUCUUCUCUGUCUGUCCCGGAACUGCUACGCCUAUCAGUCUGAGGUACAAGAACCUGUCCGAUCACAGAAAAAGAGGAGCAUGUCCCUACAAACUGUCCCUGGGGACCAGUCUGGAAUGCUCACCGCCGUUGAGUGCGCAGUGAACUAGCUUUGAAAACGGUUAAGGUGGGUUAACGGUUAUUAACUUAAUGAAACUGGGGACACCCUGCCCGAUACAUACAUUUAGGUCUGGAGUCACACCCGGCCAAUCGCGGUCAGAGGGGCCGUGUCAGUCAAAGCCUGGCAGCCUAUCGGCGCGGCGGUGGGCGUGGCGUGCUGGCCCGCGGGUGGGCGUGGCCGUAAGCGUGUUUUCCGUGCGGUGUCGUGAUCCCGUCCUGUGCCGUCUGUGUUGGCGCGUGCCUUUGGGGCGUCGCCCUGUGCUGGUGUCCGAGGGCGUCUCCGGUCACGCCGUCUGCGUUCUUCUGGCCAGCGCCGCCACCUGGUUUCCAGGGAGAUAUUUGGCUACCGCUGCCAAUUUAAAUAUAUCAGCGGGUUUCGUGAAUUCCCUAGUUUAAAACUGUACAUUCAAAGUCAAUCUUGUGGCAAAGUUUUUUUUUUUUGUGAAAGCGUUUGACCCACUUUAGUGCGCCCGGUGUCCAGCCGGCCACAUCUCCGUGCCCUUGGCUCGCUGUCCGUCCCCUCAGGACCGGGUUUGGAUGACGCCGCUGUGGCAGUCCCCUCGGUGAGCAGCAGAGCUCCGAGCAGCAGAAGGGCCAGAGGCGUCUCGUCCGCGCGCGGCGUUUUCCCAAGGGGUUGGCAGUUAGGGUUAAAACAGCCACUAAAAGCAAGGAACGGUGUUUAUAAGCAGUCACGUGUGUCUGACACAGAAGCCUGUGUUCCCUGGUGUGCGUGUGUGUGUGUGUGUGUGUGUGUGUGUGAGAGAGUGUGUGCGUGCGCGUCUUCUCCAGUUUGCCCUCAUGCUUCCGAGCGAAGCGACAGCGGUCCUGACAUUUCUGACGUUUCAUUCUGCCGUUUGCCUUUUCGCAUUGUGUUUCGUUACCGGUUACGAUUUUAAAUUUCACUCCAUUUCUGUGCCAAAUGUAUCCCUUUUUUUUUUUUUUUCUUGCCUUGGCUGACAUUGCCGUCACUCCAUGCUGGUUUUAACUGCGUAAUACAGGCCUGCAGCUCAUGAAGGGGGGGGGGGGGUGGACUUUAAUGCAUUUGUGCGUUUGUGCGUGCGUGCACAGCUCUUCAGUAUCGGAGCCUGUAAAAUGGAAGCGCUUACCGACGUCGUGCUCCUGAUGAGAGACGAGUGCCGUUCCGAUAGUUCUGCACCUCCUUUCCUUCAUCAGAGAGAGAGAGAGAGACAGAGACUGAUUGACUGACUAUAUGGCUGAAUAAGCAUAGAUAACUCCCCCACCACCAUCACCACCACCCCCAGCCCCCGUCACACAAGCACACAGGUCUUGUUCAUAAAAUAGCAUUUUCCUUUCGGCCAAAACUUUGGUUUUGAGUCACAGGACAUUGCCACUGCCACUUUGUUACAGUCAUUAUCGUUGCUGGUUCUGCGAUUUUCGGUUUCCAUAGUAAUUUUACGCCACGGUGACAGCGGACAGAUCAGCGCAGUGUACGGUCCUUUUAGCGGUCAUGGAAGGGGCUCAGACCAGCAUGAAUUAACCCUCUCCUCAGAGGGCUCGACGCCUGCCAGCACCCAUCCAACAUAUCACUCAGAUCCUCCUGAUACCUUUCAAAGGAUCGCAACCGAAUGGCGGUUUUUUUUGUUUUUGUUUUUUUGUAUUGAUGUGUACAUCGUUUAAGAGCUGAAUUUCGUUUUCUAACGGUGCAAGAAAAAAAGAAAAAAAAAACUUGGGAAUGUGGGAAAGUGUUUUAAGAAUAUGGACAACUGAGAGAAUGCUUGUGCCUUUGGAGGUUAUAGAAUGCAAUGCAGAUGUUUUUAAUUUUAAGAGAUAUAAAUUAAGAAUUUUUAAAAUUG